AUGAAUUCAACGAAGGCAUCCACCGAGGUCGGUGUGGCUGCUGCCGGAAAGAACGCGGCCGCCGGGCUACAGAGAAAAGAAUCUGAAGCCGAACUUGAGACGUGGUGGCAGGAUUUUUUGGCUAGAAAAAAGAUCGAGGACGCUGCUGACGAGGAUGCUAAAACAGCAUGGGAGACAUGUGCUCAGCGCAAAAUGAAGUUCAUUCGUGAAGUGCGUCUCCUCACGGACCUCUAUGAGCCGAUUGGGAAGCAAGUACAGACCAUUCUCAGCUCUGAUCACGACCAUCGG